AUGAGAUUGUUAUCAGUUUUAUUUGCUUUAAUGAUGCCCAAAAAUACUAAAGAUCUUUACAGUCAUGAGAAGGACAAUUAUCAUAAUAUUGAACGACUUCUUGAUCGAAAAUCACCACUUUUUCGUUUUCCACAUGAUCAACUUGAUAAUGAGCAAACAAGGUCACAAUAUAUGUUUAAUAUAUGUGAAAUUCUUAAUGAAAAUUUCGAAAAGAUUCGGUUACGUCUCAAUGUUAAAGCUUUAGAUGAAUAUUAUAAUAUACCUAAAUCAUAUUCACAACUAUAUACACAACGACAACAACAACAAUUUGCUCAAUCAACUGAAACUUUAAAUAUCAAAUCAACAAAUGAUGAUCGUGCUUUUACUGAUCUUAAUCUUCGUGGAUCAAAACGUAGUCUCCAUUCAAUAAUACAAACAUUCAAAAUUGAUUGUUCAUUGGUGAAUCGUAUAGAACUUAAUUGGCCAAUAUUAUUUACACAUAUUAUUGCUCGGUUAAAACCAAGUAUUAUUUAUCAUUUAGUUACAUUAAGAUUUGAAUUUCAAACAAAUUCUUCGUCAUCAUUGACCGAUGCUGAACGAUUAGCGGUUGGAAAAUUAAUUCAAUUGCUAACUUCAUUUUCUAAUGAAAAACAAUGA